GUAUUAUGAAUUAAUCACCUUUAAUUAGCUAUUAUAUUAAUCAUCCUCAGAAGAAAAGAGAAAGUUUUCCAAUGUCUCUUUGCCUACUAACAUUUAUUCUAGUCACUUUUGGUCUUCUUUCAUCUUUUGUUUCUUCCUUUGAUCCAAGCCCUUAUCAGGAUUUUUGUAUUGCAACUAGUGACUCCAAGGCUGCAGUGUUCGUGAAUGGAAAAUUUUGCAAAGAUCCAAAAUUAGCCACAGCAGACGAUUUCUUUCUGGCAGGACUUAACGUUAGUGGAAAUCCUUUACCAGGACUUAGAUCAUUUGUCAAAUUAGCCGAUAUAAAUAGUCUUCCGGGACUCAACACUCUUGGUAUUUCACUUGUUCGCGCUGAUUUUGCACCGUAUGGUCUAAUUCCACCCCACACACACCCCCGCGGUACUGAAAUUAUUGUUGUCCUAGAGGGCACUCUGUACGUUGGAUUUUUGGCCCCUGACACUAUGAAUCCAUUCAAAACUCAAUCAUUUACAAAAAUAUUGAGUAAAGGGGAUGUAUUUGUGUUCCCACAAGGAUUAAUUCACUUUCAGUAUAAUGUUGGACAUACUAAUGCAACUGUUUUAGGUGCUUUGAAUAGCCAAAAUGCUGGGCUAAUUGUGGUUGCUAGUGAACUAUUUGGAUCAAAUCCACCACUACUUGAUGAUGUUCUUUCAAAAGCAUUCCAAUUAGACAAGAAAAUGGUGAAACAACUUCAAGGUUUAUUCUCCUAGAGGAUAGAAUUAAACAAGAAAAAUUGUUUCUUAAAAAAUAAUAAAGUAUACUAUGUGGGGGGAAUCUUAGCAGCUCAUUUGAUUGACUAUCUUGUUGUUGGUGAUGGUUCGAUUCCUCAAUCCAUUCCGUAUUUCCCCUUCCCCUAAUAACCCCCAUUUUUCUAAGAAAAAAGUAUACUACGUGGGAAUUCUUGGUUGUGUUUAAGAUGUAUUUGUUAUCAAUUUUGUAAUAUUUGAGAAAUAACUUAGACCAUGUGUGGAAUAAUAAUGAACUUGGUGUUACUUUA